CUCAAUCUCUUUAUUCGAAAACGCUUCCCAGUUUCACUCUCUCUCUCCCUGUCUCUUUCUUCCCUCUCCGUCUCUCUUUCUCUCACCUCCUGCAUCAAUAGCCUUCGUCUGAGCACAAGCUGUUAAUGGUUGCGUGAGGAAGAAGUUUGGAAUAUUGGUUGUUUUGUUCUCGUUGAUAUCAGUGAUCACUUGGGUGUUUUCUAGAAAUGGGAAAGAAAGAACUGCGAGAUCAGAAAGCCAAUGAGAGAGUUGAAGCUGUCCUCAAGCUUCUCAGAAAACAAGCACCUCUCACUACCAAACAGGAGAAGUUCUGCAACUACGCUUGUGUUGAGCGCUUUCUGAGAGCAAAAGGUGAUAACGUGAAGAAGUCCGCCAAGCACUUAAGGGCUUGCCUUUCUUGGAGAGAGAGCAUCGGCUUAGAGAAUUUAACAGCUGAUGAGUUCUCAGCUGAGCUCGUCGAGGGAGUCGCUUUUGUGGCUGGUAAUGAUGAAGAAUCCAGACCCGUACUGGUUUUUAGAAUUAAACAAGAUUAUCAGAAGUUCCAUUCUCAAAAAAUGUUCACUCGCUUGAUCGUCUUCACUGUGGAAGUCGCCAUUGGAGCUAUGUCAAAAAAUGCUGAACAGCUCGUGAUGCUCUUCGACGCAAGCUUUUUCAGAUCAGCUUCAGCUUUUAUGAACUUAUUGCUGACAUCACUGAAAAUUGCGGCCGACUUCUAUCCUGGAAGGCUUUUCAAGGCUUUUGUCAUCGAUCCACCUUCUCUUUUUUCUUAUCUAUGGAAGGGUGUCCGUCCAUUUGUCGAGCUGUCGACGGCCGUCACGUUGGUGUCGUCGCUGGACUUUGAAGAAUCACUGGAGUUCAAUGACUUUUCAGCCUACCCACGGGCUUCGUCUCUCCGAUUCGAGACACCGUCGGUGAAAUCGACGGCCAAGAUAGGUUCUUGCUCUUCCUCCCGAUUUUCCUUCACAGUGUCCCACCAUUUUGACUCUCUCAAACCAUGGUACCUCUCUUUAACUGACACCUCAUCAGCCAAGGUGGGACCCACAAGUCGAUGUCCGAUGGGCCCCGCUCUCGUCUCCCCGCUGAGCGCUCGUUCACUCUCGUUCGCAUCGCCGGCCGUCAGAACUCCACGUAGCGGAAUUAACGGUAGGAAAAGCUUAUUUCCGUCGACACCGUUGCCGCAGCGAAGCAAGGGGAGCGAGCCAAUCAAAAUCGCCCACCCUCGAACACCACGUCCCUCCGCCUUGCUGCAAUCACCGGCCAUGUUUUUCAGAAAAGAUUGCCACGUCAGCGUCAGGACAGACAAGUCUCGAGAAUCGUUCUUACCAUUUUUAAAAUUCUACAGAAGGCCGUACGAUGAGAUGGUUUACAGGUCAAAGAUGCGUCCUCCACUCGGCGGCCUAAUCUCCAUCGUCUCCCCAUACGUCAAACGCCGCCCCAUGUCGGAAUCACAACGGUUCUAAACACUCACAAACUAAAAAAUAAAAAAUAUUACACCAGCCUUUAUUCACAUAUAACUACUUGUGUCAAUGACACUAAUUAAUGAAGCCAAUAAUUGACUGAUUAUUCUGUUUAUCUCGAGUUACAUGGUGAGCUCGUGCGGGAGACUACGUACGAGAUGGGACGUGAAAGCUUGUGCCCCAUGUCUAAUUUUGAGGUCUGUGGAAAAACAUAUGUAUUUAUAAAUAUAAAAUCUACGUUUGGGUUUUGCAUGGGGGAAAGACAGCGUGGUCGAGACGGCGAACACUUUACUGUAUUGGAAAUCUUACUGUACCAAGAAAACCAAAACGUUGAAACUUGAAACCAAAUCUCUCUCUCUCUCUCUCUCUCUCUCUCUCUAUAUGUUUCAUAUCAAAAUUGAAAUUUUGUGAGAUUAUUGUAUUUGAGUUGUUUUAGGAGGGUUGGAGAAUCUAGAUGUACUUGUCUUGGCUGGACUUAAUUUGUUUAUAAUAAAGAAGACUCAAGUAGUCAAGUGUUUGAAUAUGUA